AAGUUAUAUCGAGAAAUUCGGACUGUUAGUUUAUACGGCCUGCAAUAAAUAAUUUAAAGUUACAGCCCAAGUCUUGGGAAAGUUUUCGCGAAAAGUUGCCGAGAGUAAGAUAUUAAGAGAUUGUAUUAAGAAAUUCAAACUAUUAAUUUGGUACAGUAAUGAAUAAUUUAAAGCCAGUUUACAUGUCUUGUCUCUGUCUUCCGAAUCAUUUACCUCUCUUAUCUAGCCACACCUUUGGCGAAUAAUUAGAUAAUGUAUAAUUUUCCAUUCGCACGUAUAAUCUGUCAAUUUAAAUUUCGUUCUUGUUUUAUGCUGAAUGUUUCUAGAUACAAUCAUCGAAGCCAACUUCACGCAAUUAUACUAACAGCAAGUUUAAGCGAUAGCGUAACGGUAUCACAUAUCGCAAAAUUUUAAAUUCGUUUAACCGUUUGGAUAUAUCAUUACCCAUGAUUAACGCGAUUAAUUAUCCGUCUUGUAUAAAAAUUCCAUCUACAAAUUCACAACUGAAGAUGACAAAUACAUUACCACAACAAUUAGAUUUAGUGAAAGCACUAGCUCUUAAUAAUGAUUUGAUAUUAUUAGCAAAUCAAAUAUUUGGUGAAGGAAAAUGGAGUCAUAAUAUUACUAGCCAAACAAUAGAUUUUAUUGAAACUUUCAUGGGUAAAUAUGUUUGUGGAUGUGUGACACUUCUCAAGGUCCAAUUAAAAGAUGGAACAUAUCAUGAGGACAUGGGAUAUUGUUACAUAGAAGGAGCUAUGAAAGGUUUAACAAUACAUUGUGCAAGAAUUGGUUCUCUUACAGAUGCCUUUAAAAGGGUAUUGUCAUGUUUUGGUAAAGAGAUAAAUACUGAGAUACAAAAUCUAUCAAAAAAGUCAUCAAAUUCACAUAUGGUUGCUGAUAGUUUAUUUAACGAAACAGAAAAUAAAACUUCAGAAAGUAAAAUGCCAGAACCAUGUGCUCAAUCGACUCCGUUUAUAAGUAAUAAAAAUAAUAAAGAAAAACAGAAAACAGAGGAUGUAUUAAAAUCAAAAUGCCCAAAUGUUGCGAAGGAGCAAGUGUCUGUAGAACAAGCAGUAGCAAGUUUUAUUGCACAACAGGAGCAGUAUAUCAAAACUUCAAGUGAGAUGAAAAGUCAUAUACAGCCCAGUGUUCUGGGUAAUCAGAAAGAGCAAAAUAAUAUUGAAAUAGGAGAUUCAAAACCAGCAUCCGAAGAAGAACUUUUACGAAUGGAACGGAAACGAAAACAGAUGGAGAAACAAGCGGAGUAUAAGAGAUUAAUGAAGGAAAGAGAACAACAGAAGACUAAUCAAAAUAAAAAAAGCAAUACAAGAUACUAGUCAAUCAAGUUAAAAACUUUAUAUGAAUGAGUCGUAUAAUCACAGUUGUAUACACAGGUGUGGAAACUCCUGUGUUAAAGGUAGUUCCUGAUUUGAGGACAGAAGAUUUCUUGUAUUGUUUACCACACACAUGAUACUGAGUAGUCAAAACAAUUUCAACAAGGUAAUACAUAGUGGAAGUAAACAAAUUAAAUUUUUUAUAAUUUGAAUGAUACUUUGUAAAUAGGUAUACAUUAUUUCUUCAUAGACAAUUCUAUUUAUGAUUAAAUUUCGCUUUAGGGGACACAACAUUAUGGCCUUGUGUCUCCUAUUGUUUUAACUACUCUGCAGCAACGCCGCUGUUGGUGGAUUGGAGAAACAUCAGUCGUCGCAUAAUUGUGUCAUCCCCCAUUACGGGAGUUUCAGGACUUGUGUACACGACCGCGGUUAUAGAUUAUGGACUAACAACUGCCAUAUUGUAAACAUGCCCAUUUAAUUCCCAUUUUCCAUCGAGUGUAAUUUGAAUUUGUGCAAGAACACGUGUGUUAUAUGUGAUAUGUUUUACAUAAUAAAUAUUCAUUCAGUAUUUCUAUAA